AUGGAACAAGGAAAUGAUACACAAAUUCCAGAGUUUCUUCUUCUGGGAUUAUCAGAGGACCAAGAACUGCAGCCCCUCAUAUUUGGGCUUUUCAUCUCCAUGUACCUGAUCACUGUGUUUGGAAACCUGGUCCUCAUCCUAGCUGUCAGCAUAGACCCCAAACUCUACACACCCAUGUACUUCUUUCUGGCCAACUUGUCCUUUGUAGACAUCUGUUUCACCUCUACCACUCUUCCCAAGAUGCUGUGGAACAUCCAGACUCAGAGCAAAGUCAUAACCUAUGCAGGCUGUGUUACUCAAAUGUACUUUUUAAUGAUCUUUUCAGUUUUGGACAUCUACCUCCUUGCUGUGAUGUCCUAUGACCGCUUUGUAGCCAUCUGUCACCCCCUGCACUACACAGUCAUCAUGAACCCCCGGCUCUGUGGACUGCUUGUUCUGGGGUCCUGGAUCAUAAGUGUCUUGCAUUCCUUCUUACAAAUAUCAAUGGUGUUGCAGCUGUCCUUCUGUACAGAGGUGGAAAUCCCCCACUUUUUCUGUGAACUCAAUCAGAUGAUCCAACUUGCUUGUUCUGACACUUUCCUUAAUAACAUGGUGAUGUAUUUUGCAGCUGUCCUGCUGGUUGGUGUUCCCCUUGCUGGGAUCCUUUACUCUUACUCUAAGAUUGUUUCCUCCAUACUUAGGAUCUCAUCAGCCCAGGGGAAGUAUAAAGCAUUUUCCACCUGUGCAUCUCACCUCUCAGUUGUCUCCUUAUUUUUUUGUACAAGCCUAGGAGUGUACCUUAGCUCUGCUGCCACCCAGAGCUCCCAUUCAAGUGCAGUAGCCUCAGUGAUGUACACGGUGGUCACACCCAUGCUGAACCCCUUCAUCUACAGCCUUAGGAACAAAGAUAUAACAAGGGCUCUGAAAAGAAUGGGGACUAAGGAGGGCACUUGA